AUGCCCUCUAAGCGAAAGGGCGCCAAAAGAGGAGGAAACAGGUCCCAACCCCAAUCCGAUCCCCAACCCUCGCUCCAACCUUCCCCGUACCCCCACCCCUACCCGCACCCGCAUCCGCAACCCCCCAGAAGACGCAUCCCCCUCCUCGAAGCGCGCGACAGCCUGAUCGACCGCCUCCGGCUCCACCUCGAAGCCCACGCCCACCCCGGCAUCGUGGGCGCCGGCCCGCCCCCCUGCCAGCACGCGCUGUGCGUCAGCUGCAUCGGGGGCGCCGAGGCGCGCGCCUGCCUCGACCUGCUCGCCAGCUUCGCCGGCACCCAGCACGAAGAAGCCGGCCUCAAGCCAGGCGACGUGUGCCUCGGGCUUUGGCGCACGACUGCCCACUACCGGAAGUUCCUGCUGGAGCAUGGAGCGUCGCUGUUCCCGGAGGGGUGGAUGACGCGCCCGUCAAUCUCGCGCGGCGGCGGGUGGUUUGUGGUGGAGGGCUAUCGGAUCUGCGUUGAGGUGAUGGAGGCGGUGAUUAUGCCGUUCGAGAGGGGGAGCACUUUCCAACCCUCCCGCCAGCAGCUCAACCUCCAUCUCGCGCAUACCGAUGCUAUUGUCGAACGGAGCAAGCUUCUCAAUCUCGAUCGGGCCCUUCGCACUGAGCCGCAGUACGAGAAUGGUGGAUGUCACGUUCUCUGGAAUCAUAUUGGGAAACAGACUAAAAAGCAGCCCGCGGGUGUUACAGCGUUUCCCUGGCGAAAAGAAGAGUACGUGCUUUCACUGAAGACUAGCUGGACCGACGAAACAAAGGAAAAGGAGAUGUUUGAAUUCGUGCAAAUCCUCCGAGACAAGCUUAAGGAAUUUGCCAUCGACAAAAAAGCGGCCCGUGUCAAUUUCAUCGAUAACACAUUGGUUAACUGGUGGCAAGCAUAUUACGGCGCCAAAUACCCCAGUCUCCGAACGCUGAAGCAGACGUACGAUCCUAAAAAUCUCUUCGAAGUUCACCAGAGUAUUUGA